GCCGCUGGCGGAGCGCAGAGAGGGUCUCCUCGGAUCUCCGGAGCUCUGAACCUGCUGUGUGGCCGUAGGUUACACCAGUGAUGUUCCAAAAUCUGUUACUGGAGGCUACCCAACGCUAUCGACAGCCCCUUUUUUAAAAUCGGAGGAGAGCGGGUUUGUGCUUACGUCUGGAUAUCUUUGCUUUGGCAUAGUUUUUCCUCACCGACGUCGGCUACUCGCUUUCGGCAAUGGACGCAGGUAGCUGUUCAGAGGGCCCCUCCCAGCCAGACUCUCAGAAACACGACCACGCCUCUCCCACAAUAAGCCCCACCCCCAUCAUGACUCCGCCCCUGAGCCCGCCCCUGGACUUGAUUGACACGGGGAAGGGUCUGAAGGUGCAGACAGCCGCGCCUCACCUGGUUAGCCUGGGGAGCGGCCGACUCAGUGUGGCCAUCACUGUGCUGCCCCUAAAAGAAGGGGUGACCCGAAUCGGGCGUGAGGACGCGCCCGUACCCCAGGACAUCACCAUCGACGGUCCCGGGAUCGAGGCGGAGCACUGCCGAAUCGAGAACAGGGGGGGUAUCAUCACUCUGGACCCCUGUGGCAACAUGUGUGCCCUGGAUGGAGUUCCUGUUACCCAGCCUACACAGCUGACCCAAGGGUACGCUCUGUGUCUGGGUAAGUCCUACUUCUUCCGCUUUAACCACCCUGAGGAGGCGAGCCGGAUGAAAAGCAUGCUGCCGCAGAAGAGCACCAUGUCCCCGCUGGGGUACGGCCCAGACUACCUGAAGUUUGGGACAGACUGCAGCUCUGGUGUGGGCGGAGCCGGGAUGCGGGGGGCGCGGUCAGGGGCGGAGCUGCGGGAUUUGAUGGACACACUGCAGCGCAGGAAGCUGGCUGUGGAAACCAGCCUGCGGACCAACGGGGACUGCAGCCCCUCCUACUUCAGCCUGACGAAGUCCCCGCCCAUCAGCCCAGCCCCUCCCCUGGCCACGCCCCUGUACCAGGAGCAGAGCAGGAGGCAGUUCACCUCCCGGCCAGCGGGGGGCAGCAGCAGCAGCAUGCCGCCCUCGCCCCGCCACAGCGUGAGCGACAACCGCGAGCGGGACGUCCCGUACUCCCUCUCCGCCUCCCGGAACCUCUCCCAGGACAACCUGCUGGCAUCCGGCUCCCUCCUCUCCAUGUGGAACGGCUCCUCCCCCUCGGCAGGUGACGCCCUCCCGGCCACGCCCGCCAGCAUGCCCUCCAGCCCGAGGCUGUCCCGCCGGUUCCACCCGCAGGAAGCAGGGCGGGGCGGGCGUUGCGGGGAGGAGCCCAUCCCUCGACAGAGGAAGUACUUGGCGGGGUCUCUGACGGGGAUGGGGGCCUACAGCCGCUCCCUGCCCCGCCUCCACAAGGCCACGGACAGCCUGCUGGCACCGCUCGCCCUGCCCCCCCCGCGCCGCUCGCUGGACAGCCACGCCCGCCCCCCGGCCCCCGAGCCUGCCCGCAACGGCCAUGCCGAGGUGCUGUCCAUCUCGCUGUCCUCCAGGUCCUCGCGCGGCCCCGCCCGCCAGACGGCUCCGCCCGACGUCACCGCGGCGACCAGCCUUCCCACCAGCCCCCGCGUGGCCAAGAAGAUGAGCCUGACCUCGCCGGGCUGCUGCCCCGCCGAGCGUGCCGGCCUACGCGGGUCCUCCCCCUGCCUGGACCAGGGCCUGGGCGACAGGAGGCCGUCCUUCGGGAAGGCGGGGCUGGGGGCGGGGCAGGGGGCGUUCCGGGAGAGGAAGGGCAGCAUCAGCUCUCUGAGCGGGAAGGAGGAGCUGAGAGACUACCACCAGCGGCAGAGAGACGAGAGGCUGCGAGAGCAGGAGGUGGAGAGACUGGAGCGGCAGCGUCUGGAGACCAUCCUCAGCCUGUGUUCGGAGCAGGGUGGCUCCACAGCCGCAGACCUGCAGAAGAUCACCAAGGAGCUGGAGAAGCUGCAGGUGUCCGAGGAUGAGUCCCUCCUCUCCGAAUCUCCCAGCGCACCCGAGAACGGCUACGAGCCCCGAGGCCCCGGGGAGCGGCCGGCCCGCCAGCGAGGCGGCCAAACUGAACCCCCCCACGGCUCCGCCCUCGCCCCCACACCCUCCCCUCGGCUGCUCAGAACCACGGCGCCGGAGACAUCUGAGGAUGGGCAGCUGAAACAGGAAGUGACCCGUAUUGAGGAAGAGAGAAUCCAGGUGCUGAACAGCAUAGAGGAGCUAGAGCAGAAGAUCAAAGACCUGGACAACCAAAUGGAGGAGUCCAUCCAAGAGAUGGAGGUAGAGCGCGCCCUGCUGGAAGGGGAGCAGACUGCAGAGGUCUCACAGCUACAGCAGGAGAAGGACCUGCUGGAGCAGCUCAACGACAAGCUGUCUGACCUGGAGAAGAGUGUGCAGGCGGAGAAAUCCCAGGAGAAAGCACAGCUGGAGGCUGAAAGGGCAGAGGUAGAGAGGCUGGCGGAGCUGGUCUCUGAGCAGAAGAUGCAGUUGGACACCUGCCCCGAAGCCCAGAAGGAGCAGCUCCAGCAGCAGCUAUCCAGGGACUCGGACGCGCUGGAGGUGGAGAGGAAGCGCUUUGAGGACCUGGAGUUCCAGCAGCUGGAGCGGGAGAGCCGGCAGGACGAGGAGAAGGAGGCGCUGACCCAGCAGCUGCUGCGCGACAUCGCCGACUACCAGCGCAGCACCGUCACGCGCAAGGAGAGACUCCUCACCCUGAAGAAGCAGUCCAGCCAGAUUAGCCAGCAGGCUCAGCGGGAGAAGGACACCUUCCUGAAGGAGAAGAACAACCUACUGCUCAUGCUGCAGAGGGGGAGGGAGAACCUGGCUGCCCUGGAGCAGAGACACAUCCAGCUGACCGGAGGCCGGGCCUUCUCUCUCACCCCCGGAGGCAUGAAGGAGGACACACCCACCCACGGCGAAGCGCCCCGCCCCCACGGUGCUCUGGCCCCGCCUCCUGUCGACCUCCUCGCCCUCUCUUCCCUCCUGUCCUCUCUCUGUCUGAAGAGCGCCGAGGGAUAUGUCACAGUCAGUGAGAUCAAUGAGCUCUAUGGGAUGAUGGGGGUUAACCCCACCCCCACGCCCGCCUCCGUCGUGCCCUCCCCCGACGCCCAGGCCACGCCCUCCCCCGAUGGCCAGGCCUCACCCUCUCCUGACGGCCCCUCCUCUGGGCCCGAGCCCAGCCCUGACGAGACCGCCCCCCCACCAUCCGCCAGCCCCACUCCGGAACAGGACGAGCCCUGUCUCUCCUGUCCUGCGCGCGGUGAGGGCGUCUCCCGCCCCCUCUCCCCCCCUCGCCCUCUCUCCUCCCCUGGCCCGCCCUCUCCUCGCCCGGUUCCCAAGCCCCCCUCUGUUCACUGGCCUGAGCACAUGGUGACCUAUGUUGACCCCUCACCUACACCUGAGUCUCCUCCUCCUCUCCCUGCCAAAAAACACCGCCGACACAGGCAGCAUUUCCGCUUGCUGGAGGAGAGGAAGAGGUUGGGGAAGGAGGGUGUGGCCCAGCUGAGUGACACUCUGCCCCGUAAGAAGAGCCAGCCGGCCCUGACCCCGCCCUUCAACAGCGCCACACUGGGCCGCAGCCCCGCCCCCAAGGCCCAUCCCCCUCUGGGUCAGAGCUCCAGCUGUGGCAGUGUUCUCCCUCGUGGGCUCAGCGUGUCUCCCAAAGACGCUGACCCCCGCCGGUUGCACAAGGGAAAGCCCAAAAAAGGGCAUGGUCACAUGGGUGAGGAGCACAGGCAGAGAGCGAACGAGCUGAGUGGCCGGGCGGCGUCCCAGUCCUACCUGGACUCCUUCCAGUAUGGAGACAACGGCCACGCCUUCGACACGCUGAGCAUCGACAGCUCAGACAGCAUGGAGACCAGCAUCUCCGCCUGCUCCCCCGACAACAUCUCCAGCGCCAGCACCUCCAACAUGGCCAAGAUCGAGGAGAUGGAGCGGCUCCUGAGAGAGGCCCAGGCCGAGAAGAACCGACUGCUAGAGCACCGGGAGCGGGAGAUGGAGGUACGCCGGCAGGCUCUGGAUGAGGAGAGGAGGCGCAGGGAGGAGCUGGAGAAGCGCCUGCAGGAGGAGACCAGCAGGAGGCAGAAGCUCAUCGAGAGGGAGGUGAAGCUACGAGAGAAGCAGAGAAUUCAGUCCCGGCCGCUGACGCGCUACCUGCCGGUCAGGAAGGACGACUUUGAUCUCCGCUCACACAUCGAGUCGGCAGGACACAGCACAGAGACCUGCUACCACGUGUCUCUCACCGAGAAGACCUGCCGCGGCUUCCUCAUCAAGAUGGGCGGCAAGAUCAAGACCUGGAAGAAGCGCUGGUUCGUCUUCGACCGCAACCGUAGAACGCUGUCCUACUACGCAGAUAAACACGAGGCCAAGCUGAAAGGGGUGAUCUACUUCCAGGCCAUUGAGGAAGUGUAUUACGAUCACUUAAAGAACGCUCACAAGAGCCCCAACCCGUCCCUGACGUUCAGUGUGAAGACGCAUGACCGCGUGUACUACAUGGUGGCUCCUUCCCCCGAGGCCAUGCGCAUCUGGAUGGACGUGAUCGUCACCGGGGCCGAGGGCUACACCCAGUUCAUGGUGUAGAGGCCGGCCUCGCGGUCACCCGGUCCUGACGACCACAGCUGGACCACAGGCAUCUCUCAGGGCCGGGCUGCGACCGCGCCUCUUCCUCGGGAUCUUUGUGUAUCGAGUGUGUGUGCUGAUGUGAUAAGGAACUUGCACAGGGAACAGCUGCCAUACCGACUGUGCAAAGCCUUCCCCGCUUCGGACGCUGUUCGCACGCCGAGGCAACACCACGGUUACAGAAUGGUCACAUGAUCACGUGGUAGCCAAUGACUGUUGAGGAGUGGUCUGGAGCUGUGGUUACCAUUGUACCCGCUCUGUGUGGUGAUAGCUGACUUUGUCUUUUAUAUUUAUGAUUUAUAUGUACGAUUGUAUAUCUUUAGACACAAAGUGGGUCUGUACGAGUUUGUCUUAAGACACGUUAUAGGUUUAUAUAUAAUGUGUGUGUGUCUUAAGACAUGGUAUGGUGCUCUGUAGUCAUGGAAACCUCACUCCUGUGUAUCGUGGAGGUGCCUGGCUGUCUGUAGACAGGAAGUGAUGUCAGAGGAGAGAGCUUUGCAGAAUUCUGCCAGCCUGUUCCCUCUCAGCAGGAAGGGAGUGGGGGAUUGCCUCUCACACACUCCUCCCUUUCAGAUGCAACUUUAACACAAGUGCCUUUGUUUCCUGCAGCCUGUCAGUGCCUCCUGGGGUCUGUAGGGGGCGCUAUAGAGCGAGAGGUUAUUGCAGUCGGAUGAGAGGGCAGCCUGGUGCU